GGCAUCACCCUCGGCUCGCUUCCACCCCCAUCCACCAUCCGACCAUACAACUCCAGACUAUGCGCGCACCAAGCUGCGCCACUAUCGCCGAACCGUCGAUGCGAGAACGCCCGCCCGUACUGUCUAUCUCCUAGGCACGAAUCUCCAGAAUCCGAGACGGCACAUUCUCAAGCGCAGAAGCAGGCGCCCGGCGAGCCGCAGAAACGAAAUCUCGACAGGCAGAGGGAUCACCCCCGUGGGGAGGAGAGAGAUAGGGAAACGACCGACCAUGACGCCGCCCGCGACCCUCUUCCACGCCCUCCUCCGGCCGAGCGUGCUGCAGAUCCUGCGCGCCUCGGGCUACCAGAUCACCAAGCCCGCCGUGCUCGACAGCCUCACGGACCUGGCGGCCCAGUACCUGCUCGUGCUCUGCCGCCAGACGGCCGCCCACGCCUCGGACAACGGCAGCGACCUGUGCCCGGGCCUCGUCGACGUGCGCAUGGCCCUCGAGGACUGCGGCGCCCUCGGCCCGGACCUCCCCGGCGACGACCCCCAGGGCUCCCAGGACUUUGCCGACUGGUUCGCCGGCCCGCGCAACGCCGAGAUACGCCGCGUCGCCCUCGACGGCGAGGAUGAGGCCACGGACUGGCUAGUUGCUCUCAAGCAGAAACAUAGCAAGACUGGAGAGGACUCCAAGUUCCAAGGGACGCUAUUGGGCAAAUGCAACGAACAUGGCGAGGUCAUAGUCGAGGGGGGCCAUUUUGACACCAUCCAGUCUUGGAGUGAUCACAUGAAGAAGAGCGGCGUCAUGACCCCGCCGCCAUCACCGCCGCAAGCAGAGGACCAGUCAGACGACGACGGCGAUUCGAGGCCACCCAGCUCUGGGUUAAGCUCAAUAGGAGAGAAGGAAAUCCACGAGCUCGGGAUGAGCAUGAACAGUGGUCAGGCCGCCACUACUGGCGGCGGCGGCGGCGGCUCCUCUGCAAUGGAGGUAGACACGAAAUGAUGCCGCUGAAUACUGGUGACAAGAAAAAAAAGAGGAAGUAAAUAGGUGAGCGACAGGCUUACUCGGAUACUUACCAACAUGGGUUAUAAAUUAUACGGUUCAUAGCGCCGGCGUCUGGGAAAAACUAUACCAUUUUGUCCUUGGCUACAGUGGCCAGGGGGGCAUCACCAAACGAUUCAGGUUGUCUGAUUCACGUUACACGCCAACUUUUAAGCGUUUAAUAAACUAUUGAUAUCUCCUUUUGGACAUAUCACCUCGAAUA